GAUCGGUUUUGAAAAGUGAAUCCAAAAUAAUCCUACCAAUUUGUUCUGCCUGCCUGGCGUUCAAUCCAUCAAUGCAAAUUCAUUAAAAACUAAAUCAGAACAACCAGCUAUCCAUUUCAAUGUGUUAACAAUGUCGAUUUGUCGCUUAUGUGCAGCUUGCGACUCGGAUCUUACGUCGAUUUUCACCCGGAAACAGAUGAGAACCAUCGCCGACAUGGUGCAGGAAGUUACAUCCGUUGAGGUUCCAAUCGAUGAUCCACACUCCGUCCUGGUUUGUCCAGAUUGCAUCGAGACAACUUUGGUUGCGUUUAAUUUUAUCAAACGAGUUCAAGAAGUGGACCGACAAUUCGAGGACAAACUGAACCGGAUGGAAAAGGAAGUCGCCGGAUUGGUCGAUGUUAAACAGGAUGUGGAAACAAUAGAAUCCUCAAUUUUCGACGCUGAUGGAGUAGAGCUGAUCGAUCACUCUGCCAGUACGAUGCCCACCCAAAACCUUCUUACCCUGGGCGAUGGAUCGGUUGAGAUUGUGGACGGUGAACCGGACGAGACUGCAAAGGAACUCUUGCAGCUGUUUGUUGAAUCGAUCCAGCACAGUGAUUCGGACAAAUGGUACAAGCUGAAAUGUGACCGGGAUUUUGCGGAGUUGCUGACGGGGUCAGUAAGAUUGAACGAGGAAGAUGAUCAUCUUUCGGAUGUAGAAGAGGGAUCAAAUCUUGUAAAGAACGAAGAAAGGAUCGCGCGAUGUUGUGACCGGAAAUGUAAGACGACGUUUCAAAGCCAUGCAGAACUAUUCGAGCAUGGAUCAAAAGUUCAUGGAGGUGAUCGACACAAAGCAAAAACUUCAAACCCAUUUACAUGUUUGAUUUGCUUGCAAAGGUUCAAAACCCGGCGGUCCCUGGUGGGUCACAUGCGCAACCUGAUCGUUGAUUAUCGAUGUCGCACUUGUGACGUGUAUUUCAACACACAGCGUGAACGGGAUGCUCAUGUCAAAAUUAGUCAUGAAUUCAAGACAAGUCAACGAUAUAAAAUUGAGGAACAACCAAUCAAAAUUUGCUGUGGUUGUGACGCCAAAUUUGAAACGAUUGAAGAGCUUUACCAACAUGGCAUCGAUGUCCACAAAACCACGGCAGCCUCAGCGAUUAUCAACAAAGUUGACUAUGAUCAAGAGUGUAACAUUUGUUACAAACUCUUUAAAAACAAAAACAGCGUUCGAUAUCAUCAAAUCUCAGUGUACAGGCUGAAACGAUUUAUCUGCGGAAUUUGCAAUAAUCAAUUUGAAACAUCGUCCAAGUUGAACAACCACAAAAGAGUGCACAUCACCGAACGCAAGUUUGUCUGUGAUAUCUGUGGCGGAAAGUUUAAAUCCAACGCCGAACUACGCCUCCAUAACAAGUCUCACGAAGAACCACAACUGAUGUGUUCAAGCUGCGGAGCUCGUUUCAGGAAAAGGUCCCAUCUUCAAGUACACCUAAAGGUUCACGACGCAAACGCCUACGAAUUUACGUGCCAUAUCUGCCAGAAGCAGUUUAAGCACAAAUUCACCCUCAAGGAACACCUUACAAUUCACACUGGCGAGCGGGUGCUCAAAUACGCAUGUCCUCAUUGCUCGAAAAAGUUUCCUCGUAAUCGGGAUCUGCAGACCCAUCUGCGAAAGGUUUGCGAAAAGGAUUAAUAACACUUGAUUACAGUCAAAAUACGGCUUUAUUAUUUUUAAAAUAUGUCACUUAGCUAUAAAAAAUGGACGGAAUACAAUGAUUGCUUACUUUCCUACUUAA